AUGAAGACGAUCUCGGCAGGCUUGGCCUUGAUAUCGGGCCUGAUGGCCGUUGUGACGGCCGAUGCCUUGCCGCCAGAGGACAUUCCACUGCAGUGUGUGCCAAUCUGUGGCCCAAUCGUCGAGCUGACAACGGAUUGCGAUGUUCACUGGCGGCUAAAGAAACGAAACCCCGACGGCCUCGCUCGACGUGAAUGGACCCCGAAGUUGGCGGUGGAACCUCAAGUCGGUGGCCCUUUCCAGCCUACAGCGGGAGUCAGGUCAACCGAAGUUGUUGAUAGGUUCGGGAGGAGGAGUUUCUCGAUCAUCGUUGCGGCGCCAACAUCCUUUCCAGUCGAGGCCGCCGCCACGACCGAUAGCGACCUCGAUCUGCGGCCAGAGUCGACUCUGACACGCAUCACUCCCACGAUCGAGAAAGCGUCUUUCAGGACCACGCUCGCAGUGUCAACGCGUUCCACCUCCACCACCACUACCACUAUCACCUCUUUAAUAACCUCAAUUACAAUUCCCCCUGUCUCAAAUUCCAUGUCCGACGAGGCCGCCGAGAGUUCGACGACGAGCAGCUGGAACUGGGAUGACGACAUCCAGGAGCCAAAGGGACAAUUGUAUACCCAGGGCAACGCGGAAAAAGACUGUGUGUGCCUCAAUGAGAGCUUUGAUGUGGCCAAAAUUACCGCGCUCUGUGCCAGUUGCAUUGCACAGGCAGGGUUCCCCGAUAAUAAUAUCAACGUUAUCAUGGAGGGGUGUAACUUUACCGCCUUGACUUACACACCCAGCCAAGACAGCGCGGCCAACAACAUCAACGUCAAGGCCGUUCGGCCGUCUUCGGUCGCUUCAUCGAACGCUGCAUUGAACGCGAGACCGGCCAGUUUCGGGCUAGCGGCUGCGGCCUUGGGGUUUGUCUUUGUUCUGCUCUGA